GGGUUUUGCGUCUUCCGUGCGAGUUAUCCCCAGGCCGCGACGCGCCGCUCCUUCCUCUUCUUCCCCUGCGCCUCGCCCGCCGACCUCGUCCCCACCCCCUCGCGGCGGCGAGCCGGAGCGUCUCGGCUGUUGCCGCCCGGGGUCCGCGGAGCCCCGACGCCUUGGCGCCACCCGUCCCGCGGGCCGUGGCGACGGCCCCCUCGGCUCUGGUGGCGGCCGUGGCGGCGGAACCGGGAACCCUAGCGGUUGACGAGGUGACAAGGUGUUUAUUUUAGGCGCGUCGGCGGGGCAAAUUGCGUUCUUGCACCAUGUUAUUGGUUGAGAAGCCCUGUUUUACCGGGUACCAUAGAUUCCAAAUCGAGGUCUUGUGCGAGACUACUAGGAGUUCAUCAAAGUAAAUUGUUCAUCAAUUUGUUUUGAAUAUAAACAACUGAGCCUACAUGGCUAUGGUGCCAAGUGAUUCCUCACAUCAUGGAGCUGUGGACAAUAGCCCCAAUGGCAAGACCCAGGGUUGGCGUGAGGAAGCCAGGAAACUUGGUCCGUCAUGGUAUUUCAGUAGAAAGGAAAUAGAAGAAAAUUCUCCAUCCAGGAGGGAUGGCAUUGAUUUGAAGAGAGAAAAUGGCCUUCGAAAGUCGUAUUGCAAUUUUCUACAAGAGUUGGGCAUGAAGCUUAAAGUGCCUCAAGUGUCAAUUGCUACAGCUAUGGUAUUCUGUCAUCGUUUUUACCUUCGCCAAUCCCUUGCGAAAAAUGAUAGACGGAUAAUUGCCACAGUUUGUAUGUUCUUGGCUGGAAAAGUUGAAGAAACACCUAGACCUUUGAAGGAUGUCAUCGUGGUUUCUUACGAGCUUAUUCAUAAGAAGGAUCCUAAUGCUGUUCAGAGAAUCAAGCAGCAGAAGGAAAUAUAUGAUAAACAAAAAGAACUUAUUUUGCUUGGGGAGCGAGUUGUACUUGUAACACUCGGGUUUGACCUGAAUAUUCAUCAUGCUUACAAGCCCUUGGUUGAAGCAAUAAGGAGAUUCAAGGUUGUUGAAAAAAGUGCACUUCCUCAGGUUGCCUGGAAUUUCGUAAAUGAUGGGCUGCGUACUUCGCUUUGCCUGCAAUUCGAGCCUCAUCAUAUUGCAGCAGGUGCUAUCUUUUUGGCUGCUAAAUUUCUCAAAGUGAAGCUUCCAGCUGAGGGUGAUAAAGUUUGGUGGCAGGAUUUUGAUGUCACGCCACGACAGCUUGAAGAGGUUAGCAAUCAAAUGUUGGAGUUGUAUGAGCAAAACCGUACGCCACAGGCACAACCAUCACAGGGAAGUGAAGCUGAAGGGAGCUCUGCUGGUGUGCGCAAUCAGCAUUCAUCUGUAAAAUCUGAAGGAAACUCCAAGGAACCAUCUGCCAAACUGUCAAAUUUGCAGCAUUCUUACUUGACAGGUGCUCCAGGUCACCGUGAUGUUGGACACUUGAAUUCAGACAAGCAUAUUUCUGGCCAUAAAUUGCUUCAAAACGACAAUGGUAACCAUGGUGGCAGCAAAGAUAGGAGCAGCAAGAGUGGAAGUAAAUCUGAUGCUGGUAUGGACAGGUCCCAUCAUGACAAAAAAUCCUCCCCAGGACAUCAUUAUUCUAAGUCCAGUCGUGAGUUCCGUAAUCCAAUCGAAGAACACAUACCACAUCGAUCACAUGAAAAUUCUAAUGAAACAGGAGAUGGUGUUCUUGGUGGCAAUGAAGCUCCUGGUGUGUCAACAUCAAGGAUGGAUGCGAUGAAUAAAAUUGACAAGGAUAAGGUAAAAGCAGCAUUGGAGAAGCGAAGAAAAUCAAAAGGUGGAGUUGCUGCAAAUGUAAAUGUGAUGGAUGAUGAUGAUCUACUUGAGAGAGAGCUAGAACAUGGUGUUGAAUUGGCUGUUGAGGACGAGAAGAUCAAGCAGGAUAAGAUGCAGACUUUGUCCCAUGAUAGCAUGCCUCCAGCGGAUCUUCAACAUGUUGACUAUGUAAUGGAGAAUGGUUACCACGGUGAGAAGAGUGGGUCAACGACUGCUGAAGAUGGGGAGUUUCCGAGGGACAGUAAAGAACAACACCCUCAAUCAUUUGAUAAGCGAACUGAUGGUUCCGAGCACAAGUCCCAGCAGGGUGAUCACACAUUGAAGCACCACAAGGGCCACGAUGAUGCUCAGCUUGCUGGAAGACAUGAGCAGGAUGGAAGAAACGACUACAAAAGGCCUAAGCUUGAAGGUGUACUCGAUAACGAAGUGUGAUUGUGGACCAGUUUGCUUGAAACUGGUAACUACAUGCAAUUUGGCACGGAAUUCAUUGUAUGAUAAGAUAACACAUGUUGCUGGGCAUGUGUUCACCAGUGCCUGAGGAUGUUGCAUUGCGAUGUGAAAACUUCAGCGCUGUGGAACAUCAAGAUGUCCAUAGUUUUUGUGCGUAUUUGUCCUCCGUAACUGAUGGCAGUUUAAAACUGUUCCUAGAUCUGCACCGUGGAGUAUCUUGAAAGUCGUCCUAGCAUGUUCAAUGUUCCAAUGAACAUUGUAAUAUAUGCACUGAAACACACUUCAGAUAACAAUUGCAUUCAUUUCUUCCAUGUGAUGUUUCAGUUAAAGUGGUGCAAA